CGCUUCGUAUUCCCAUUCGUAGCUUUCCCUGCCGAGUGAAAGCUCUCUUCUCUUUUAUCGGGCGACACACCGUAUGCACGAUGUCGGCACGACGUGCGUGACGAGGGGAGAAGCGAGGCAGAAGACCGCGUCGCGAUUGUUAUUAUUAUUAUUAUUAUUAUGCGAGCGGUCGAAGCAAAAGUUUCCGCAGAUCGGUCGAAUAACCCUUUUUUGCACCUCGAUGCCGCAAACUGUGAGCAGUAAAAUGUAGAGGCACAUUUUUCUUUACGUUCUCCGGACAUUAUUCAGUAACACAAGCAUUAACAUCUUGUAACUACUCUUCUCUCUUAAUGAACAAUUUUAUCAUAUAUACAUAGAGAGAGAGAGUGUGAGAGAGAGAGAGAGAGAGAGAAAGAAAGAAGGCUCGUUAUCGUGCGUGUGUGACAAAUCGACGAUCGAACGCGUUGUGGCGUGAAACGUUUCGGGAUGAACUGAGCACAAUGGACAUCCUCGUGCUCGUUUCGUAAUUGGUGUCGAAGAGAUACAAGAUAGGAGAAUAGAGAGGACACCAGGAUAAUCGUCGACGGGGAGGCCGUCGAGAGGGACGUGAACAAAAUGAGGGCCCCGUUGCUCCUCUUAGGCGGCAUUGUUGUACUGUCGCUCGCGGUGGCGAGAGCUCUUUCGUGUGUGUGCUCACCGCUGGAGUGCGACGUUCUUACCGACGAGGACUGUCCCGGAGGCCUCACCUGGGACCCCUGCAGGUGUUGCAAAGUAUGCGCGCGUGUGGAAGGCGAGCCUUGCGGCGGCCUCUUUGGUUUUUCGGGAACCUGCGCUGUCGGUCUACAAUGCGUAAUCAUGAAUUUGCUAACUCGCAGUCGAGAAGUUGACGAGGGCGUCUGCACGAAGAUCCCGGGCAGAUGGAGAAGGCAUUGUCCGCACGGGCCGAUGAUGUCGGGCUCCGGCUGCAACCUGGUCGGUGAGGGAAUCGCGGACGGAAACGUGGCGGCCGCCGGCAAAUGCGUUUGCGGUCCGUCGGUGCCCUGGUGCCCGGGUGAGCCGCAGCCCUACAUGUACAUGACGCGGCACGAGUGCCGGCUCAAUUUGGAGGCGAAAAUUGCUUACGAUGACCUCUAUAAUUCUGGCGACACGCCGAGUAGCACCGCCAUCGAGG